UUUUUUUUUUGUUUUUUGAGAAGUUUUAAUUUUUUUUGUGAAUUUAUAAAGGUCGGUCACCCAACAGGCGAUCUUCUCUUCCCCGUCGUCGGGUUGCUAGGGUUUUAUCUUCAGCGGCGGAGAGUUGAGUUUUCCGGGCCGUGAAAAAAUGGCGGAUAAAUCGGCCAAGGCAAGAAAAAGCGAGGUCGUCACCAGGGAGUAUACCGUCAAUCUCCACAAACGCUUGCACGGAUGCACAUUCAAGAAGAAGGCACCGAAGGCUAUCAAGGAACUCAGAAAGUUUGCUCAGAAUGCUAUGGGUACCACUGAUGUUAGAGUGGACGUGAAACUUAACAAGCAUAUAUGGAGUCGCGGAAUUAGGAGUGUACCAAGGAGGGUUCGAGUGCGCAUUGCACGAAAGCGUAACGACGAGGAAGAUGCCAAGGAGGAAUUCUAUUCCUUAGUAACUGUCGCAGAGGUACCUGCAGAGGGAUUCAAGGGCUUGGAUACCAAGGUCAUUGAUGAAGAAGAGGACUAAAUGAGCUUCCCAAAACUAAGGUCAAUUCUUGGUUUGCUAUGGUCUUACACAUCCAUUUUUGACUCAAGGUUUUUUGCAACUUUUAGUAAAGAAAUUAAACCAAACCCAUUAGGAUAUUACCUAACAUAGAUUGAGCUAUGUUUGAAUUGAUAUGUUUAAAUAAUCUAUGUUUGAAUUGAUAUGUUUAAAUCACUCUCGAACGGGGUAAAUGACUUUACUAAUUAAAGUAUAUCCCUCGAUUAAUAGAUUUGUAGGACAUUGACAGGUUCGUGUUGAAUUAAAAGUGAAAUAUUUAAUUAUUUUA